CCUGCACAUCUGAGCAUGGAUAUAGAGAAUACAAGGAAUACAAGGAAGCAGCGUCAGUACAGGAACCCAGCCCGAUUAAUCAACAGUUGUGUUACGAUGGCAGCGGGGGCCUCUCACUGCUUGUUCCUGAUGUGUUGGUUCCUCCGAACAGCCAGCCUUGCAUUCCCAGAGGAACCUGGACCUGUGAACUUCAUCCCCGCUGAAGUGGUGAGAAGAUACCCUGUGUUUCUGGGUCGACCACACCGAACAUGGCAGAGGCAGGAGCCACUGCACAUCCAGAGGAUCAUCCAAGUCAACCGGACGCUCUACAUUGGUGCCAGGGAUGACCUUUUCCGAGUGGAGUUGGACAACAGUGCAGGGGAUGAGAUGUUUUACAGCAAAAAAAGAACCUGGGAGUCGAAUAAAAAUGACAUUCGGAUCUGCAGGAUGAAGGGCAAACAUGAGGAUGAAUGCCGCAACUUUAUCAAGGUGCUGCUCAGCAGACAGGGGGGCCUGUUUUUGUGUGGCACCAACGCUUUUAACCCGCUCUGUGCCAACUACACAGGUGAUACUCUGGAGAUGAUAGGAGACCCGGUCAAUGGAAUGGCGAGGUGCCCUUAUGACCCUAAACACGCCAAUGUUGCUCUGUUUGCUGAGGGGAAUCUGUUUACAGCUACGGUGACAGACUUCCUGGCCAUUGAUGCGGUGAUUUAUCGUAGCCUUGGGGACAUCCCCGCUCUACGCACUGUCAAGCACGACUCCAAGUGGUUCAGAGAGCCCUAUUUUGUGAGUGCUGUGGAGUGGGGACCUCACAUCUACUUCUUCUUCAGAGAGAUAGCCAUGGAGUUCAACUACUUGGAAAAGGUGGUUGUGUCGCGCGUUGCCAGAGUGUGCAAACGCGAUCAAGGUGGCUCGCAGCGCGUACUGGAGAAGCAAUGGACGUCUUUCCUUAAAGCCCGGCUCAACUGCUCCAUACCUGGAGAUUCUCACUUCUAUUUUAACCUGCUGCACUCCACCAGCCCGAUCAUCAGGAUGCACGGCAGGGACAUCAUCCUCGGCGUGUUCUCCACACCAGCAAACAGCAUACCAGGUUCGGCUGUGUGCGCCUUUGACAUGGAGCAGCUGGCUUCCGUGUUUGAUGGAAGGUUUAAGGAGCAGAAAUCUCCAGAGUCUAUUUGGACGCCUGUUCCAGAUGAACUCAUCCCAAAGCCAAGACCGGGUGGCUGUGCUGUUCAAGGAUCAAAGUUUAAUUCUUCCAACUCGUUUCCCGAUGAGAUGCUGAACUUUGUCAAGACACAUCCUCUGAUGGAUGAAGCUGUUCCAUCACUCGGACAAAGACCUUGGAUUGUGAGAACCAUGGUCAGGUACCAGUUGAAUAAAAUAGUAGUGGACACUGAGGCUGGGCCAUAUAGAAACCGCACCGUCCUCUUUCUUGGGUCGAGCAGAGGAACCAUUCUCAAGUUUCUCAUUAUGCCAAAUCAAGACAACACAGUGACCAGCAGCAACAUCUUUCUGGAGGAACUGGAAGGAUUUAACCCUGACAAGUGUGCUGAGGACUCUAUGCAUGCCAGACAGCUGUUGUCUCUCACCCUGGACCGGGCGAGCCACACAUUGCUCCUCGCCUUUCCCUCCUGUGUGGUCAGAGUGCCUGUGGCCCGAUGCCAGCUCUACUCCCGAUGCAUGAAAAACUGCAUCGCCUCCAGGGACCCAUAUUGUGGCUGGACCAGAGGAAGCACCUGCUCCUUCCUCAGACCUGGAACAAGACUGCCAUUCGAGCAAGAUGUUGAACACGGAAAUGUGGCCCACUUGGGUGACUGCGACGGCAUGCUGUUUCAGGAGAGUUUCAUCGAGGAGCCAGACGGCCUGGUGUCUGUAAACCUGCUGGUGGUGUCGGCUGUUUCAGCCUUCUCCACAGGAGCCAUUCUCUCUGGACUUACUGUCUGCUGGAUCAUGAGCCACCGCCAUAGGAACUCCCGUGGUUCUGGUGCCAACGGCGCCCGGCGCAAGAACGACAAAGAGCAGAGCAUGCUGGGACCGGGUCGCAGUGGGUCAGUGAUGAGUGUCACCAGAACAAGUGGAGGCGAGAGACGGCGCUCGCAGCCAGAUAACUUGUUUGUUAUGCCCAAUGGUUGGCCUAAAGGAGAGAUGGACCCAGGUUUACUGCCAACUCCUGAGCAGACGCCGCUGCAGCAAAAAAGAGUCAUGCGUCUCCCAGACACUGACUGGGACCAGAGCCAGACCUUCCUCACCUCUGUUGGAAACCCUUGUCCCAACAAUGCAGUCAUUUACUUGAGUUCCAAGUUUCUGCAUGGAGGAGGAGGAGGAGGAGGUUUGGUACGGAUAGAGGACCCCGGUGAAGUGGUGCUUCCCCCACACUCAGAUCGCCAGCGUUACCUUAUUCUUGCCACUCAAAGAGGAGAGCACGGAGGCAGUCGUCCCACUGGUAGCCUGAGGAACUCAGCGGGGGAAUAUAUCUAUCCUGCCACACCACAGGAUUCACCUGAUCGCCGUAGGGUGGUCUCCGCUCCCACCCCACAUGUGGACUACGGAGAGCCUCGUUGGAGUCAUGAGGCCCUCAACUACAACAGCAACAAUGGCGUUCCCUAUUACGCUCAGCGCCAGGGUCUCAUCAGGCCAGAAGUGCAUGGGCCUCGAGGUCUUGGAGAUCUGGCUGAAUUCAGCCACCUUCUUGGGAAGAACAUCAGUGAGCACACCCCUAGUGGCCAAUGAGUUGAUGCCGGGUGAACAUUGAUACCAAGCUCUCUGAAAAUCCCAUUCCUGCCAACAAAUAACUGGAAAAUAUCAACCCCUUUGACUCACCGUCCUGAUCCUACCUUAUCCUUUCUCUCCUCUCUCACUGUCAUUUAAUGUUCUGACAUCAUUCAGCAAACUAUAGAGAGAGACAGAGAAAAAAAGGGUAAAGGCUGAGAAAAUUCUCAAAUCAUAGAGAUUUCUCUGUUCAUAAUCUGUGGUAUGCCAACCACAGUUCAUAGCUCUGAUAUGAGUCUAAUAGGAAGGUAGAGAGAGGGGCCAAGCUGAAAGAGGAACCUUCUGUAAAGGAUAAUUGAAAGUUUUAUUCUUAAAAAAAGACAAUGUUCCUCACAGCGGCAAAUGUCAAAGACCCCCCUGGACCAUUUUGUUCAUUGACAAGUCACCAAGGAUGGUCUUCUGGUGACAUGUUUUCGUCUCUUGUUGGUUUUCUUGUGCCAGUGGCAUCCAGCAGACAACAUGUGCUUUACUUUGGAUAUAAGAUGAGACAACACUAUUGUACUUCUGCCAGAGGGCAAUGACUGAAAAAAGACAGAAAUCUUGCAUCAUAUAUGGGUGUGUUUGGCAACAACCCCAACCAGCAUCCUGUCUUAACUGUGAAGUAUGGCUAUAUAAUGAAAUCGAUGGUAAUAUUGUUUAUAAAGAGAUGGAUUUAUUGUGUGUAAUUUUAAUUGUGUGUACCAAUCAGAAGCCUUAGUGGCUGAUCAGUGGCUAGUUAGGGCUGUACAGAGCCAUGAUGGAGGAAGAGAAAGCAAUAAUUAGCUAUAUAAUGACAAUGACAUUAAAAAGAAAAUUUAAGUAUUUUUAUAAAAUCAGUCUUUACAAUGAAGACAAACAGUUUCUGCCUAUCAACAGGCACCAGUCCGCCCAACCCAAAAUAAGGCCCCACUGGGCUCCGUAGUGCAUUUGAAAAAGGGGAAUGUGAGCUGCUGCUGUCUGAUGAUCUGACUGAGGUAGAGAGGCUCGGCCGCUUGGGAGCUCCAUUCACUCUCCUCUGCCCGACACUGAGCCUCUUUGUGCCCCAGGCGCAGGAAGAAACUGUGGCCACAAAUAACAAUUAAGAGUUAGGGAUCUGACUCACCACAGUGUAGCAGAACAGCAAUGAGGAGAGUUCAGCAUCAUCCAGUCAGGUUCAAGCCUUUCCUGUGGAUCACCAGUUGAGGUGAAUCACUUGUUGGGCAUUGUAGAGAGGGUCUAAGGCCCAGAGCUGCGGUAUGGGUCAGUGUCAGGACACAGCUAAGCAUCACAAUGGUCAGCCCAUGAGGCUUCGUUCCUUUUCUUUCUUCUUGGUGUGUAUCCCAACAAAAGCUGGAUAAGAAAACAGAUGGCCAUGCAUUCACUUGGGUGUGGAGUUUCUCUUUCACUCUGUUGUCUGGUCUUUUCAUGUUUUAUGUUUUUUGUCCUCUUUCAUCUGUUCUUGAUUCAAAUGUAGAUAUGCUUAGCUUUAAUCCAUCUGGGUCAGUGUUCAGUAAAAGGUGGUAUUUAC